ACAGUGAAAUGAGAGUAGAAAUGAAUGUAAACAUAUGUAGAGUAUGAAUAAACAGUGAAUGAAUUCACGAGGGACUUGUUUGACAGCGCACUCGUGUUUGAUCACGCGCACUAACGUACGUAAUCUAUGUCACGUGUAGAGUUGUUUAAAAUUUGUCCUGAAGAAAACAUCAAUAAGCGCUGAAACUGGCAUUGGUUGCUAGUAUGUUUGAAAAUGCUACACGCUCCUCCUCCUGGGUUCGUUGGAUAAGUCCGAGGGAACGAGGUGGGCGGAUGCAAUUUAUACAAACACCUAGAAUUUUUAAGUGGAUUUCGCUUUACUAAAUAACACAGUUACUCAAUCACAUAAAAAAUAAACAAUAUAACGUAAAAACGUGUUCAUAUAUAAUGGGUGAUUUUAAUGCUUCUGCUUUGGUAAUAAAUACUUUCAACAGCGAUCCACCGGGCGGAGCCGCUACUUUGAAACAAACGCUCCCUAGCAACAGCAUCCUUAGCGACUUUCUGAUUGGUCCGCCGGCUCAAAUUCCAGCCAAUGACGCCGAGGCGCAGCAGAUUUGGAUCCGCAGCAGAAACACUUUUUGUUUGAGGUCUCGGAUGCGAAGGAAGACAGUAAACCUGGACUAUUUACAACAAUUAAACAAGCUAUUUUCGUCGUUUGUCGUCCACUGAGUCAAACCAGCAGGAACCGUACAACACGCAGACCACAGGGCAGCCGCUGCAGAGUUUGUUUUCAGGGAAUAAAGGAGCCAGCCAUGCCUGUACCGAGGGGAAAGAAACCCACAGCGAUCGGUGGGAGCAAGAUACCCAAGCUGACCGCAGCAGCCACCGAGAACCAGGAGGAAGGCCCGCAGGUGAAGAGGUCCUCCUCCCCCCCUCACGGAGCCCCCAAGAAGAGGACAGCUUUUAUUGACAUCACUAAUGCUCAUAAAGUCCAGAUCAGCCUUCCAGGGAGGAAGAAGGCAACGGCGAACAAGCAGGCGAAGAAAACAAGCAGCGCCUCAGUGCCGGCGCAGAAUCAGGCCAACCUGAAAAAGUCCUCGUCUGUGAGCUCAGAGGGGACGACCGCCGAGAAGGAAAAGGCUGCUGUCGAGGAGGCGCAGAAGGAUGUAGCAGCUCCAACAGAAGAGCUGGUGGCUGCUGCGCCCCCUGCUGCCCGUGAAGUGCCUGCACACCUGCAGAAACAAGCUAUCCCAGAGGAGUUUGACAUCGACUCUGAGAACUCUGACGACUGUUACAUGUGUCCGGAGUACGCGAAGGACAUCUUUGACUACCUCAAACAGAGAGAGGAGAAGUUCGUCCUCUGUGACUACAUGCCCAAGCAGCCCAGCCUCAACCCCGAGAUGAGGGCGAUCCUGAUCGAUUGGCUGGUUGAAGUGCAGGAGAACUUUGAGCUGAACCACGAGACCCUGUACCUGGCUGUCAAGAUGACAGAUCACUACCUGUCCCUGACCCCGGUCCACAGGGAGAUGCUGCAGCUCGUCGGCUCCACCGCCAUGCUUAUCGCCUCCAAGUUUGAGGAGCGCAGUCCCCCUUGUGUCGACGACUUCCUCUACAUUUGCGAUGACGCAUACAAGAGGGAGGAGCUCAUCUCCAUGGAGACCAGCAUCCUGCAGACGCUGUCCUUCGACAUCAACAUCCCCACCGCCUAUCGCUUCCUCAGACGCUAUGCCAAGUGUGUGAGUGCCGGCAUGGACACGCUGACUCUGGCCCGGUACUACUGCGAGAUGAGUCUCAUGGAGAUGGAGAUGGUGUCGGAGAGAGGCUCGCUGCUGGCGUCCGCCUGCCUGCUGAUGGCGCUGGUCACCAAAGACCUGGGAGGAUGGCGUCCCAUCCUUCAGUUCCACUCGGGCUACCAGGUGUCAGAUUUAGCGCCGCUCGUCAGAAAACUCUACCUGAUGCUUUUAGCUCCUCCCGACGACAAACUGACAGCCAUCAGGAACAAAUACUCACACAGGGUGUUUUCUGAGGUCGCGUGCCUGCCGUUGGUCAACAUUGACGUUUUGGAGAAAGCUUUAUCUCAGUGAGAUAAAGAUAAAAAAAAUAAUAAUAAAAUCCUGCCAGGAUAAUAUUUAAAAAGUUCCCUCAAACCUGUAUAUAAUCUGUUAAUAAGUUGAUUAUUUAUACACGUAGUCUGUCUUUUAUAUGAUAUUGGAAAUAAGUCUUUAAUUCCAGUUUGUGAUGGAAAACAGUUUUGAUGUCGGCAUUUAUUAAGAGGUCUGCCAGUUUAUUAUGUUAAGGUUGCUGAUAAUGACUUAUUUUAGUGUUACACUUUUUUUUGCAUCUAUUUUAUAACUUUUUAUUAGAGGAUAAAAAGAGAAAAGCUGAAUUCAUUAGUAAUUUGUAAGCCCCCUGUGCAUGUGUGUGUGUGUGUGUGUGUGUGGAUUAUUUUAAAAAGUGUAUGUUUGAAAGUAAUAGUGAGAUGUGAGGUUAGUGCUUAGUUUUACUAAUGAAUUAUGCAGUGGGAACAGGUUUUAUAGGUUGUCAUAUAUUGCUGACGUUAGCCGGUAUGCAUGUAUGUGUUUUCACAUGUUGUACAGUGUUUAUCAUGUUAAUAUUAUGCUAAUUAUUGUAUAAAAGACGAUUGGAUGACGCUGUGCUAUUUCUAAAUGGCUGUCGUGCAUACUCUUAAAAUAAAGAUGUUUGUGUUUUUUUUUC